AUGGCUUCUGUGCUGCAUGGCAAGGUGAACUUAGAGAAAUUUCGCAUUGGUGGAACUUCUCUUUACGCUCCCCACCACGUAUUAAGUCUCACAAAGAUGCUCUUCCUCCUCUUGGAGAGAAUUUCUUAUUACUACAACUCUGCUGAGAAAUUGAAAGAACUCAGUGCCAACCCUCCCAACUCUACUUGGGACUCUGCCGACACCAAUGCCUGGGUUAUCAAUGCCCAUUCCAGCUGGGGCAAAUAUGACAUUAAACCAAAGGAGAAGACUCCUGCACCUCCUGCUUCAAGACAGGCAACUCCUCAUUGUUCUCCUUCAAAAGAGAAAACUCCAGGCCCUCCUCCAUCUCAGAUUACCAUGCCUGCCUCACCUAUUGCAGAGGCAACAACUUCUAAGGCUUUUGUCACAAUUCCUCCCUUUCCAACACUUGAAGAACAAACAGCUUCUGCCCAAGACCUGUUUGACAUGCCAAUGCCUCCUCCUGCACAUGGAAUAGAAGACCAGGGUGUAGACCCAAUGGGUCCACCUGCUUCCAAUGAUGAGUGUCUUGGUUUAGCUGGUCCUUCUUCAAUGCUGCUUGGGUGGGGAUCCUCUGCUUGGUCUUUGCUGCGGUCUCAACUGAACUCUCCCUUUGGUAGUCCAAACCUUUCAUCAAGUUCCGUGUUCACUUUUCGUUUGCCUCCUGAUUCGCCUUUGCAUUGUUCUGUCAAGCCAUUGCUUGUGAAACAGAGCCUUGCUGCCAUUAAGGCUUCUGGGUCAACGGCCAUCAAUUCCUCCAAUGCCGACAAGACUCCUGUCGACACUUCCUCAACCCACCAGAUUCCUUCUCCAGUAGCUCUGCAACCAGAUAUCGAAGAGGAUACAACUAUCAAUACUGCCAAAAAUCCGCUGCCUAUUCCAGAGGACAAGGAUAUGGAUAUUGAUUCUCCUCCCCCAGCUCGUCACAUUGUCAAGACCUUGAAACCUAUGCCCAAUCCUGUCUUUGAGGACUCGGUCCCUGAUAAUGAUGAUACAAUCGUUAUUGAUUCACCCAGGGGACUUCAUGAGCGCAAGAAGUCCAAGGAUAAUAAACCUUGCCCUCAACCAGUUAUCAAGAUGGGCCCUCCUAAGGGCAAGGACAAGGAUGCUGCAGUUCCUGCUACUAAGAAGCGCAAGAUUACCAUAGUUGAGGACAAGAACAAUGACAAGAAGGACAAAGAGGAAUUUCUGGAGGAGGCUUUGGCAAACUCGUUCCCAAGGGUAUGGAAGAAGUGCGAAUCCUCAUUCUGCAUUGGGCAUGCUUGUGCUCUCAAGGGACUUCAGCAAGGCUUGUGUAUGUUCAAUGGCAAGAAGUUGUUAUGUCCUUAUAUUCUAUAUCGUUCUGAUCCUGUUCAAUACAAUGCCAUUGUUGGCACUCACAACCUCAUCAACCAAUACAUGAAUGCCAUUUAUUGGAUUAUUUGCAACAUCUUCCUGGCAUUGAAUUUACAGGAGCAUGUCAUGGAUGAGGACACUAGAGUUGAGGACAUGGAGGCUGUCAGCAAUGAGGAGAUGGAUGAAAAUGGGGCAGGCCCUUCUACAGCUUAA